AUGGCAUUACCUGAGACACCUUCCCUUAAUAUAGCCCUAAUCGCCGAACAACGGUCAAUUUACCACGAUCAAGGUUAUUCAGAUGAGGAAUGCGCAGCUCUACCACACAAUGGUGAAGCCAGUCACAUUCUGACUACCCUGCAAGAACUCGGGCAUCAUGUCACGCUAGUGCCAGGAAUCCAAUCCCUUGUCAAACACCUAGCGGCUGGCACAAAUAAGGAUUGGGACCUGGCAUUUAACAUCGCACAAGGAUUUCAUGGGUUAGCCAGAGAAGCCCAGAUUCCAGCACUGUUAGACGCCUACCAAGUUCUUUACACGUUUUCUGACGCCGCCACCAUGGCACUGUGUCAGAACAAGGUCUAUACUAAGAUUAUCCUAGCUCAUCAUGGGAUACCCACAGCCCCAUUUUCAGUGAUCUCACGGGCGGAUCAGAAACUGAGGCUUGAUGACCUUAGCGAAAUGCUACCGCAUUAUCCGCUUUUUUUGAAGCCGGUUAUUGAAGGAUCGUCUAAGGGGAUUGGCAAAUUUAACAAGGUUACAGAACCUGCAGAGCUGGAGUCGGCAGUCAGAAAACUAAGAUCACUACUACCCGACCAAGAUAUCUUGGUAGAACCCUUUUUGUCAGGUCGGGAGCUUUCCGUGAGCAUUCUCGGAACUGGUGUCCAGAGCCGCGUGAUUGGAGUAACAGAAUUUCUCUGGCAAAACCCCUCCAGCGACAGCGCCCCCGGUAACAGAAGCCAUAGCAGUCUAGAGUUUGCUAGCAGAAAAAGCAAGUGUAGUGACACCAACAUUCUGAUAGUACGCAAUGACGCUGGGCUUAUGGCUGAGACGCAGGUCAAGGUUGCCUGUCAAGUUGCAUUGGACGCUUGGAAAACAUUUGGCUGCCGCGAUGCUGGGCGUGUCGACAUUCGAUUCAGUUCCAAUGAGCACAAUGCAUUCCCAAUGUUCUGGAGGUGA